GGGGGCUGGAGGCUUGAGGCUGGGGGCUGGAGGCUGGGACUGGACGGGGAGGAGACUACAGAUGCGGGGUGGUACAAUGUGGCGCUGCGAGGUCCUCCUGCACUCAGAGGACGCAUGAGAGCUGAAGGAUAGUCGGAGCAAACUGCAGCAAAGUUGGUGUUAAAGUCAGUCUACCUCCCACAGAGACCAUGAGAGUCCUCCUGCUCAUCUGCAUGCCAGCUCUGCUGCUCGCCCAGGCUCAGUACCAGGAACCGUUUCCUUUUCUGGAGGACUAUGGGCCAGAUUAUUUUCCAGACUCUGAAAAUCAUGACUCUCUCCCUGGAACCUACCAGCAGCAGGUCCGACUGGAGCCAGUGGUCCGCCCAGAAAAAUCAGAGACCGAUUCGGAGACGGAGCCCACAGAGCCCGGCCCUCUCGAUUGCAGAGAGGAGCAGUAUCCCUGCACCAGACUCUACUCUGUUCAUAAGCCAUGCAAGCAGUGCCUCAACGCUCUCUGCUUCUACAGUUUGCGACGGGUGUACGUCAUCAACAAGGAGGUCUGCGUGAGGACUGUUUGUGCACAUGAAGAGCUGAUCAGAGCGGACAUGUGUCGUGACCAGUUCUCUCGCUGCGGCGUGGCGGCGCUGAGCGGCCAGUGUCAAUCAAUAGGAGGAAGCUGUGGGAAGAGCUGUGGUGGCUGCUGAUUGAGUACAGAGAUCAGGGACACUACCUGCCCAGAUACUGCCGCUUUUACUACCACUCAUCCACCUCCUCUUCCUCCCAGUUACUCCUCCUCCUCACUUUGACUCUUCCUGUACAACUUAUUACUCCUGUGCGAAAAGCACUUUUGUUGUUGUCAUGUAUGUCUGCCCAGUAGAUCCUGUGUGUAUGGAUGAAUAUACUCCAAAGAACAUUGAUGAUUGUAUAAAUCACUGGUGCUAUAAAAUCAUCACACUGGUGCUAAAAAAAAGAUUAGAGAUGCACAUAAAACUGCGGAACAUCUUUUUUCUAUUUUGUUUUUGGCAUAUUGUACCGUAUUAAUCUCAUGCUUUGUGUUUGUUGAUGUGUUACUGUACUUGUGUUGAAAAGCAGUCAUUCUCAUGAUGAUCGACUCAUCGAUGGCGGCCACUGUGCACUGACAUCAGAAAAAACAAUAAUCAAUAUCCAGCCAUAAUAAAUCAUGAGAUGUGUGAAGAAACAGGUGGUGAGUGACCUCAGUUUUUGUACUACUGCCACCUGGAUCUGUGCUUAUAGCAACCAAGCAGCAAGCUUUAUAUAAAUAUAUUACAGUGGCGACAAGUGCUUUAAAAAGGCAUCUCACAAACGGCCUCUGUACUACUGCUUUGUAAAACUGUCACUAUAAAGACUGAGAAAAAAAAAAUAAACUUUUUUUUUUUAACUACA